AUGGCCGACUUUCACAGAAGAUUGCAGCGUCUGCGUGAUAGAGCAGUCGGAAUUACUAUUCCACGUCUGUUUAGGGACAGAUUAAACCCGCUGGAGGUGUUGUCGCCAGAGGAGGUGUUUCGGCGCUACCGAUUUAGUAUCGUUACGCUGGUGACACUGAUGUUUCCUUUGUUGGAGAGGGCAACUCAGCGUUCUUGCCCCCUACCUCCUCUUCUGAGUGUAUUAGUAACACUCCACUUUGUGGCCAGUAGUUCCCAUUACACCGUAAUCGGCGAUGUUCAUGGACUUUCGUCUUCCUCUGUGUGUCGCGCAGUGCGUAGAGUUAUUAGAAUUAUGGCUAAGCUUGCCAAGAGGGUCGUGUCAUUUCGGAGAGAUGUCGGUGUGUGCAAGGCGGAAUUUUAUGCACUUGCGGGAUUUCCAAAUGUCAUUGGUUUGAUAGACGGCACUCAAGUACGUGUACGAGCCCCUCAUGAGUUUGAAGCCGAUUAUGUAAACAGGAAAGGUUAUCAUUCGAUCAAUGUACAGAUGGUUUGUGAUGCAAAGCUUCGUUUUAUGAAUGUUGUUGCCAAGUGGCCAGGAAGUGUCCACGACUCGAGAAUAUUCAGAGAGUCAUGCCUUGCAUCAGAAUUAGAGCAAGGCCAACAUAAUGGGUACAUACUGGGAGACAGUGGGUAUGGCUGUAAGCCAUACCUUCUCACACCAUACCUGAAUCCAAGAACAGGACCUCAAGAAAGGUAUAAUGAAGCACUGGUUAGAACAAGGGUAACAGUGGAGAGGUCUUUUGGAGUGCUGAAAAGACGAUCCCCAUGCUUGUCGUAUGGUCUUCGUUUGGAACCAGAGAUGGCAUGACAAGUGAUCAUAGCCUGUGUUUUUCUUCAUAACUAUGGCAUUGAACGUAGAGACAUCAUGGCAAACAUGCACGAUGCUACAGACAUUGACGAGCCUCAGGCAGAUGUUAUCCCAGCAAACGAAAAUGGACUUCGAUACAUAGACAUUGUGGCCCAACGUUAUUUUUAAAAACCUGUAUGGUUUUAUAUUGUUUGCAAUAAUGCAAACUGGUAAACAUCAAGCACCUUCAAAAUUAUUCUUACUAGUGGUUUUAUAUUAUAAGUCGAAUUUUAUAUUUUAUGCCCCCCUUCGAAGAAGAGGAGUAUAUUGCUUUGCACAUGUUGGUCAGUCCGUCAAUUACUUGAAGUAUGGUCAUCAAACUUGACAUAAAGAUAUGGUCUGACCAGUAGAUGACCCCUAUUGAUUUAGGGGGCCAUUCAGUCAAGGUCACAGUGGCAAUAAAUUUAAGGAUUUUAAAGCUUGUACGAGUGAUUAAUCAACAAUGCCUAGACCUAUGGCCAUCACACUUGACAUGGAGGCUGGGCCUGACCAGUACAAGAUUUAUAUUGAUUUGAGGGGUCAUCAUGACAAAGGUCAUAAUGUUUGACAAACAUCUCUUGUUAAGUUAAAGCUUGUCUCUGUAGAUAUGGAAAUGUUAUCAUUCUCACCCUGGUGCCAAUAGCACUAUUUUCUCAUCUAAUUCUUGAUGUAUUACAUUGAAACUUUAAAGCUGCACUCCCACAGAAUUAACAAGCCAAUUUGGGGAAAAACAGUUAUAUAACACUGCUGACAAAGAGUUUGAUUGAAGAUUUUUAUAUUUAAGUUAAAAAAUAAAUGUUUUAUGCAUUUGUCUUGAACCAUUACUUAAUUCUUGUCUCUGCCACAUAUGGAGUGAAAACUGUAUUCAUUAUUAAACAUGUGCAAAAAUAAAAUGAUGUCAUGAAUAUUUUACCUCCUGAGUAUUGAACUCAUGUAACAUGGUGCAAGUCAUAAAUGUAGUUGUAAUAGCCUUAAAAAACUAUUUUAGUCUGUGUAAAAUUUUACCUAUGAACAGAAGGUACAGGUGGAUGGAUGACACAUUCUGUAGUCUUUCAAUAAGUUUUAAUAUGUUAAUUCUUUUAUAGUUUAAGAAAAAUUUAAAUAGCCAUUCUGAAAUGAAAUGGGACAAAAAAAAACAUGGUAACUCUUCAUACUUUUUUAACUUCUAUUUGAGAUGGAUUUUUAUUUAUUACUUAUUCAAGGAAUACAGAAUGCAUUGCUUAAUGGUAUAUGAGUAGAAAUAAAAACAAAACAACAUCUGUAAAAAGACUUAUUUAUAUACAUAUCAUAUAUGACAGUAUUUAGUAUCACAGAAUAAGAUAUCACAAAUUUGCAUGAAAGUUGUUAUAUGUGCAAUUCCUCCCUCUGAUAUGAACGAAAUUGUAAAGAAAGCUUUGAAGUAAUAUCAACAAACUGUAGAAACAUAUACAUAGAUCAGUUUAUCAUGGCCAACAAUUGAUAUAAUUUUUUAAACUGUUAUAAACAAUAAACAAUUUCACAAAAGCGAUUUGAACACAGCAUGAAUUUCUAGAUGAGUUAUUUUAAAGAACUGUCAUCUGUCAGACUUUGGUAAAUGAAGUCAGGUAAUUUUUGAAGUAAAUGUUAAGUAUGAACAAGUGUAACAACUUGGUAUGGCCUAUUGCAGCAAAUAAUUGCAAACUCAACAACUAUUAUGAAGUGUGCAAAUGUACAUGUAAAACUAGUAACAACAAUAGAACAAGAUCAUAGGCAAAAUGUAUAUACUUCAUCAAAUUUACAUCAAAAUGAGUAGGCUUCAUGAUGUAUUACAUACCCAUAAAUAUUCUCUGUGAAAUUUUGAUCCAAUUAUCUUAUAGGAGUGACUCACAUACUUGAAAUUCACGAAAGGUAUCUUUACAUACUUCAGAGCGAGUAGCAAUGGAAAUUCUUUGUGCUUAUCUAGUUCUUAUUUCAAAAUAUUUGUUAGGACGACUGACUUGUUUUUAGCAAGAAGUAAAACACAAUUAUACUUAGUAGAUUAAUAGAUUAUAGUAUAUUAUUAACGUAAGUAGUUGAUUUUAGGAAUAUCAUUGUAUGACACUGCAAGAAACUUAGAUGAACCUUAAUGAAAAUUGCUCAUGAAUAUAAAAUCCCAUUUAACAUUCAAAUUUAACAGAGCUCAGGAAAAAAGAGAAUGCAAUAAGAGGAUGAAAUUAUCUUUCCAUUUUUUAAAAAGAAAGCAUAGUUAUUUAAUAAGUAUUCAAAACAAGUUACAUAUUUUGUAAAUUAUUUAAAUACAUUGCAGUUUUAAUAGUGGUCGAAAUUAACACAAGCCCAUAAGCCCUGCAGAUGUAAAAUAGUUUUUUCCUAACUGGCUCAAAUUCAGAAAUUUAUAUAGCAAUAAGUAUUCAAAACAAGUUACAUAUUUUGUAAAUUAUUUCAAUACAUUGCAGUUAUAAUAGUGGUCGAAAUUAACACAAACCCAUAAGCCCAUCAGUUGUAAAAUAGUUUUUUUUGGCUUGCUCAAAUUCACAAAUUUAUAUAGCAGGGCUUGUUUAAAAAUUUGAUGCCAAACAAAAGUAUAAGAAUUCGUGCUUGUUCAUCCGAAAGUCUAUCUUCAAUGACUGUUAUAAGUAUAGGUAAAGUAUUACAACAGCACCAACAGACUAACAUAUCUUUCCAAAUAACAUGAUUGUAACCAUGUAUCUUAUAAAUAGAAGAAAGCACUGUUUUAAAUGAUUGGUGAGUGCUAAAAGAUUUAAUUAGGACUGCUAUUGUAUCAUAAGGUACAAAUACCACUUUUUUAUUCUCAUUCUUUCAAAUACAACUCUGUUUCCUUCAUAAUAACCAUUGGUUUUGACAUUUAAUUAUCCUUUUUGUAAUAUUAAAGUGACACUCUUAUUCAAAAUCAGUACAUACUUAUAUUUAACAAACAAAUUCUUUGACUGAGAAACCAUUAACUUCUUACUUAAUCAUGCAUUUAUGGAAAAUAUUAAAUACUGAUUAUAACAUUUUAACCAUGUUUUUGAUAGCAGCUCAUUUUUUUUAAAAAUGAAUAGUAAAUGCUUAAAGAUUUAUUGUGGUCUACUUUAGUCUCAUAAGGUAAAAAUAGUAUGUUUUAUGCUCAUUUCUUUCAAAUUAAACUUGGUAUCCUUCUUUAGAACCAAUGUUUGACAUUUAUUCAUCCUUUUUGCAAUAUCUAAACAUUUGACAUAUAUUCAUCCUUUUUGUAAUAUAUAAACAAAAUCAUUAAUUGUGGUAUAUCUUUAAAACAAUAUUAUUAAAUGUGGUAAAUCUUAUUUUGGAGAAAGAGUGCUUUAGUAUUUUUAGAAUUUGGAUGAAUUUAUACAUCUGAUUUAUUUUAAAUUAUUGAAAUUCCUUAAGUUGAUGUUUGCGAAGAUUUAGUGUAACAAGAUGCAACUCCUCCUCCCUUCUGUUCUUCUCUCUCCAAUAGUGCUCUUGGGCAGAAAAUGCUGCUGUCUCUGCUGUUAACCUCUUUUCUUCAAGCUGAAACAGCUGGUCCCCAGCAUCACUUUUUCACUUUCGUCUCGACAUUUUACCUGAUCCCGAACAACAAACAUUUUACAAGUAUACUGGAGGAUAUCUAUUAUUUAAAUGAAGUCAUUGCUAAAGUAUGAGUUUAAUAAACAGGGUUUUUUUGGAAAUUAGAAUUAUUUUUGUUUAUACAAAUGUUGUACAAGAUUGUAAUAUUGAAGAUGUCAAAUUAUCAUUAUUUAACA